AUGGCGACCGGUGAGGAAAAUAACUACAUAGAAGAAGCGCCGGCUCCUCAUCCCGAAGUUGAAAAACCGAAUGACGCGCAAGUUGAGCGCGAUGCAGAAUUGGCGCCUAUCACGGCUGGGAUUGACCCGGUUAUCGAAAAGCGUGUUCUCAGAAAACUUGAUCGUCGGCUUCCGGUGAUUACUGGGUUUAUGUUUUUGCUCUCGUAUUUGGAUCGGAGUAACAUCGGAAAUGCCGAAAUUGCGGGAAUGAAGACAGACCUAGGCCUGGACAGCGGAAAAUACGCCUGGCUUUUGACUAUCUUCUACAUCUCUUACACUCUAUUCGAGUUUCAAGCUCUGAUGUGGAAAGUCCUUCGGCCGCAUCAAUGGGCUGCAUUUAUCAUGUUUGCAUGGGGCGCAAUCGCAACUUGUCAAGCCGCAGCCCAAAGCUGGCGCGGAAUGAUGGCCCUCCGCUUCCUCCUGGGCGCCGCAGAAGCUGGUUUUGGUCCCGGUGUCCCAUACUUACUAUCUUUCUUCUACAGUCGUCGUGAGCUUGGUCUUCGAUGCGGUAUAUUCUUGUCUGCAGCUCCUCUCGCAGCAACUUUUGCUGGCGCUCUAGCAUACGGCAUCACAUCCGGACAUCCGCAUAUCGCGAACUGGCGACUUUUGUUUCUCGUGGAAGGUCUCCCUAGUUUGGCGUUUGUACCGUUUGCGUAUUUCUUCCUGCCUGAUUCACCGGGAGAAGCUAAAUUUUUGACCGAGGAAGAGAGGGAGGUUGCGAAGGCGAGGAGUUUGAGGAGAAGUGGAGAGGAGAUUGCGUCGCACAAGAUUGAUUGGAAGGAUAUUGGGCAGACGUUGCUUGACCCCAAGCCUUGGUUUACUGCUUUCAUGUAUUUCAGCUGCAACGUCAGCUACUCCUCUCUCCCCGUCUUCCUGCCCACAAUCCUGGAAGACAUGGGCUUCACAGCCGUGAACGCUCAGGGACUCGAAGCACCGCCCUUCUUCCUCUCGUUUCUGGUUACCAUAUUCUCAACUUGGGUUGCCGAUAAACUCGAGCAAAGAGGUCUCGUUAUUGCAGUCUUGUCGACUGUUGGUGCGGUGGGAUACGUCAUUAUUGCUGCUGCGGAACCCGUGGGUGUCCGAUACUUUGGCGUAUUUCUUGCUGCUAGUGGCGUCUUUCCUGCUAUUGGUAACAUUUUAUCUUGGGUUUUGAAUAACCAAGGCUCCGAUACCCGCCGCGGCAUGGCAAUGGUCAUGCUCAACUUCAUCGGCCAAUGCGGCCCUUUUCUCGGCACAAACUCCUUUCCUUCGAAGGACUCUCCCCGAUAUGCACGUGGACUAUGGAUCUGUGCCGCAUUCAUGUUCUUCAACCUGUUCCUCUGCCUGGGAUUGAGGACGUUGUUGGUAUUUGAGAACAAAAAGUUGGACAGACUGUAUGGCACGAAAAAGGAGAGGCAGGCGCAGCAGAAGAGUGGCUUUGUGACGGCGGAGGAGAAUUAUGGAGAGAAUUUCAGAUAUAUGCUUUAG